AUCUCCGUGCCUGCUCGCGCUCUGCUCUGCUCUGCCGUCCUCUGCCGCUGGGUCGCUGAUGAUGCCGCGCGGAGCGAGGCGCUCGUACGUUUCUGUGUGCGGCUACAACCGCAGUUGUCAAGACUGAAGUCGGAUGAAACAGGAGAGGAGGUUUAAACAUGAGCAUGGAUCAUCGGAGCUCUUCCUCAUCGCUCGGACAGCUGUAACGUCGGCGGACACGCGCGUGGAUUCAUCAAAGGGUCGACGUUUAAGGCUCCACUUUGUUUGACACUCAGCCCAGGAAAGGAUGAUCGAGGAAGGCAGUAAACGAGGCAAGGCCAUGGUGGAGAAGAGACAGCUCUUCAUGGAAAUGAGAGCUCAAAACUUUGAUGUAAUCAGACUGUCGACCUACAGGACUGCCUGCAAACUCCGGUUUGUGCAGAAGAGAUGCAACCUUCAUCUGGUGGACGUCUGGAACAUGAUCGAAGCGUUUCGUGACAACGGGCUCAACACAUUGGACCACAAUGCUGAGAUCAAUGUGUCGCGGCUGGAGACGAUCCUGUCUUCCAUCUACUACCAGCUCAACAAGCGGCUGCCCACCACACACCAGAUCAAUGUGGACCAGUCCAUAGGGCUGCUGCUCAACUUCAUGGUGGCCACUUACGAUAGUGAGAGCCACGGGAAGAUGACGGUUUUCUCAAUGAGGGCCAUGCUGGCAACAAUGUGUGGAGGGAAAAUAGUGGACAAAUUACGCUAUAUUUUCUCGCAGAUCUCCGACUCAAGUGGAGUCAUGAUGUUUGCAAAGUUUGAUCAGUUUCUGCGAGAGGUGCUGAAGCUGCCCACAGCCGUGUUCGAGGGCCCUUCUUUCGGUUACACGGAGCAUUCGGUGCGGACAUGCUUCCCUCAGCAGAAGAAGAUCAUGCUGAACACGUUUUUGGAUGUGCUGAUGGCUGAUCCUCCCCCUCAAUGCCUCGUGUGGUUACCGCUCAUGCACCGACUUGCUAAUGUUGAAAAUGUCUUCCAUCCGGUGGAAUGUUCAUAUUGCCGGAGCGAGAGCAUGAUGGGUUUCAGGUAUCGGUGCCAGCAGUGUCAUGGCUACCAGCUCUGUCAGAGCUGCUUCUGGCGUGGCCAUGCCAAUGGUCCCCAUAGCAACCAGCACCAGAUGAAGGAGCACUCAUCAUGGAAGUCUCCGGCCAAAAAGCUGAGCCACGCCAUCAGUAAAUCUCUGGGCUGCGUCCCCAUCGGAGAGCCGCCACAUCCUGUGUUCCCUGAGCAGGCGGAGAGGCCGCAGGAGCUCACCCACACCGUUCAGCCGAAACCAGCGGCCAACAACAUGAACGACACAAUGCUCAUGUCCUCCGGGGCACCCACUCCCACCAAAAGUGUCUUGGAGAGUCCGAGCCGGUUAGAUGAAGAGCACCGCCUCAUCGCACGCUACGCCGCCCGCCUGGCAGCUGAGGCGGGAAACUCCACACAACAAUGUCCUCCAACAGAUCUGAGUUUCAACUUCGACGCAAAUAAGCAACAGAGACAGCUUAUUGCAGAGCUGGAGAACAAAAACAGGGAGAUCCUCCAGGAGAUCCAGCGACUGCGUUUGGAGCACGAGCAGGCCUCUCAGCCAACCCCAGAAAAAGCCCAGCAGAACCCCACACUCCUGACUGAACUGCGGCUCCUCAGACACAGGAAGGACGAGCUGGAGAGGCGCAUGUCAGCGCUGCAGGAGAGCAGACGUGAGCUGAUGGUGCAGCUGGAGGGACUUAUGAGGCUGCUAAAGUCCCAGUCUGGAGGCUCCCCUCAUUCUUCUCCCAGUCACGGUGCUGGCUGCUCCAUGCCCAUGCCCAUACGCUCCACCUCAGCUGGGUCCACCCCGACUCACACACCACAGGACUGCCUGGCAGGAGUGGGAGGGGACGUGCUUGAGGCCUUUGCUCAGGGUGUACCUAGGAAUCUUCGGAAUGAUCUAUUAGUUGCUGCUGACUCAAUCACAAACACCAUGUCAUCACUGGUGAAAGAGCUCCACUCAGUGGAUGAUGGGAUAGAGGAAGAGGAGACCAACAUGAGGAACGGUGGGGACAGAGGCACAGCGAGAGUACCGAAGCACUGAGGACAAAGCAAACACCAUUCCACCCUGUAAGGACAUACAGUCAUCAAUUGGAAGAUACAAGAUCAACAACCCCUGGCAUUAGCACGUAGAGUAAUGCAUGCUGUAAUCUUAACAGGAUUUCACUAUGUGAAAAAAAAGUUUCUUCACAUCUUGCAGGUAGCGAGAUGUGUCCAAUUAGCGAGUGUGUAUGUUGUCCUGUAAACAAAAACUGCUGUAAUUACCCGACGAUUCCCUCAUGACUGCUAAAGAAUGGCUUGCUGUGCUUUCUCCCAUUGCAGCAGAUCAUUCUGUAUAUAAAAUACUGUACACACAUGACCAUGGGAACACCCCGACAUGAAAGUGACCUCCUGUCACAACAUGUUCCCUGUCAUUGCUUUUGUAUGAUUAGCUCUAGUUUACUUAUUUUGUUGUUUUUUAAAUUGUUUUUGCAUGAAGUUGCACUCAUGUCUGGAUUUAGGUACUGUAUCAUGCUAUGCCAGCUCUCUGUGGGUUUACGAUGACAGCUGAGCGGUUGGAAGUGUCCUGCCUCAGAAUUCACUUUGAGUGUGUUUACUUGCACAUCCACGGUCGGAAGUUCGUUGGACGCAAAAAUUGUCAAAGCAGACUUUUCUGAGUCCUGCCACGACCAUGAGGAAGAGUUAGAGUUAGGGACAGGACAAACAGAGGAAAGGACGUCGCUGCCCUAGGCCAUGCAACAGUCCGCUACAGAAACCACUGUUUAAGUUUUUCACUCUUACGCCUGUGGAUAAACAAGAUCAAAUGCAUCAGUGACAAAGCUUAGUUAGCAGCUCUGUAGCUUAGCUUAAAGUCUAUCUCUUGGCACCCCUUCAGCUGACUGGAAAGCGUUAUAUAUAAUCCUAACAAAAGGUUUGGUGUUGGACUUAGUUGCUAAGUAUAUUGACUUCCAGACAUUUAAAGGAGGUUGCAAAAUUGCUAGCUAGCUCACAGGUAACAUUGGUGCAGUUAGCAGAUUGGUAUUGUGUUACUUCCAGACAGGAAUAGUCCGGAGAUUAUCCUUUUUUUCUGGUCUUUAUGCUAAGCUAAGCUAAGCUAACCGCGGGCUGUUGGAAAAUAUUGACUCAAAGAAAUGAAGAGUAGAUCUUCUCCUUUAAGGCAGCAAUUAUUAGAAUUGAGAAAAUAAUAAAAAAUUUAGAGCAACAAACUUAAUGAUUGAAUUGUAAGUUGCUACUUUUGACGGAGGACAAAACACCCUCCAAAAAGUACGAUACAUUAUGUCACUGUACGUGUCAUUACAUUACGAUUCAAUACGUUACGCUGCGUUACGUUACAAUACGAUACGUUAGGAUACAAUACGUUACGAUACGAUGCGUUACGUUACAAUACGAUAUGUUUCGAUACAAUACGUUACGGUACGAUGCGUUACGUUACGAUACGUUUCGAUACAAUACGUUACAAUACAUUACGAUACGAUACGUUACAAUACGUUACAAUACGAUCCGUUACAAUACGUUACAAUACGAUACGAUACGUUACAAUACAUUACAAGACUAUUGUUCAGCUGCCUGCCCACCAGUAGUUGGUUUGCAUUGUAAUAUGUUUUCACUUCACAUCUGCAGGGAUAUCUGUUUUCACACACAUUAAUAACUUUUUCUCAUUUAAACUUUUAACAGAACUAAUAUCCUGAAUAUCUGGUAUCCAGAGUACUUUGUGCAUGUAAACACACUCAACGAGUCAUACUAAACUGCUGCUACUGUGCUCUCAGCGAGCCACCCUUACAAACAAGAGGGCUGUGCGAUAAAAAGAACCAAGGGGCUACUACAAACACAGUAAGGAGCUGUGCUUGUUGUUCAUCCCCUUAAAAACGUAUCUACACGCACCUGACUAGCUGGUAGCCUCAGUAUUUAUUAUUUAAGUGUAGGGAAGCACCUCAGGAUGUUAGAAUAAUAAAGAAUUAGGCAAUGAGUUUAGUUGUGAGUAACAAAAUGAACACUAUUAUUCCGUACGUGAGGAUGUAAGGUCAUAGGAAGCAAGUAGGAACCGCUUUGAUAGCUUUAUUAGUUAAGAAAGGAUUAUUGAAAUGUGUAUGUGCAAUGAAGGUAGGUGCUCAGGGAAUGCAGAGGUGAUUUAAGAGAAAUAUGGUCCUUUUACUGUUAGAAGUGGUUGGCGACAACACUAGAGGUGAAAGAUCAGUGAUGACUUUAAAGGGAGGGUUUCAUUCCAAAAUAUACAUCCACUGUUCACAAAGAAGUCUGUUAUUUUACUUGUGGUUAAUGUCAAUAGUUGAGUUGAAAUAUCCUGAUGCGGAUCAUUUUUCUCUCAUUUCACUAGUUAUCUUGUUGUAUUUUGGAAUUAAACUCUUGAAAUAUUUAGAGAAACACAAAAGCAAGUGAUAAAAUAUUUGGUAAAGGAUGUGGAAAGAGAAGUUUUUCUGAAGUGCUAUUUGGUGAAGCAUGUUGUUGGAUAUCGGUUUUUUUUCUGUGUGUGAAUUUGUGUCUUUCACAGGAAAAGCAAAGUGAAGGGUAGCUGUAAACCAGAGAGGGUCUAAACAGAGAUCAGGUCUAAGUUACCAUUACAUUUUUGUCCUCUGGUUCAAUGUGUUUUGUCUAUUUCUCUUAAAUGAAAAUGAGCACUGUUUGCUGUUUUCAACACGAUAAAGGCUAAGGAGCAUUUUUAGAGUAAUGUGAAGAUCUCAGAAGAAGCUGUGUGUAAAAUCGGACUGAUUCAAACUGAUUAAGAGAUUGUUUUGAGAUUUGUACAGUAAGUCUAUCCAAUAAGCUAAGUAUAAGGUUUCAACAGCCUGUUACACUGUGUCAAGAAAAAAAACAUAAGAAGGCUCCUCUGAUUUUGACGUUUUUAAUGUGAUGUUUUUUUUUUAUCAGUUUUCUGUUCUGCUCUACGUUAGCAUUAUUGUUACUAUUCUGGUUUGUAGUAUAAGUGGAGUAAAGUCUGUAACAAUUUUGUCAUAAAGCUUCACGUGUGCGCUCACACUUGCGUCCAAAUUGAAUUCAAAGGAGAGGUUAAAAAGAAUAAAACAUCUGUGACCUCUUCUGUCAGAGAGUCACAGUGAAAAAUGUCCAGAAAUUAGUGAAACGCAGAGGAAAAAAUGUCUUCCCCUUCAUUCUGGCCACGCAUUUAAAAAGUUAGCUCUCUUUCUGUUCUUUCAGUUUGUGCCUGUGCUGUUCUGUAAAGUGCUGUAUAAAGUAACCAUUCAGCAAAUACGAUGAUCUAUCAGCCUUUAUGUCUGUGACUUUGUAGAGUUUUUAUUUAUUUAUUGAUUCAAUGUGUUCUGGGGGAAACUGAUGCUCAGCCUUUACAUUUGUGCCAAACUGUUUGCAGACAUUGUGUGUCAUUAUUAUCAUAACAGGUAUAUAUCACAGUAUAUCUGCAUUAGUGUGUUGUCGUUGCUCAUAGUUUAUUCACAGAAUGCCUGGAGAUGUUCACAGUAAAUUCUUCUCAUUGCUGGAAUCUGCUGGGAAACUCGCUUUUAAUAGUUGAUGAACACAUUCCAAAUCUUACAGAUAGACAGGCACUGAUGUCAUUCAAGCCAACGUGUAGGCAAUACUGUAUACCCUGUCAGACCUAACUCUGGGUAUUACUAAUAAAACACAGUCGGUCAUGCAGAGGUGCGUACAUCGUAAUACUUUUAUUGUUUGCGGAGGAACUACGUGCAAAGAAUGCAACCUCGACACCAACACUCCCCUGAUGUUACUUAUCUCUGUCUGUGUUCUGUAUGGUUAUGCUUCUGGUACACAUUUGUUUCUCAUAUUGAUUUUACAAAACAUAGUUUUAUGUCACAAAGCCACUGUUUUUUGUAAAUAAAUCAAAUGUGAGAUAUAUUAAAAAGAUUUAAAAUAUA